UUCAAUGUUGCCCCGCACCCCGGAAGACUUGCAUAAACAACCCGCUAAAAGGGACACAGAAGAUCCUUAGAAAUAACCUUUUGCAAUAUCUUGUGAAUAUGAACAAAGUUGUCGCCGCCUUACGGAGGACAUUAGGCAUAGUACGCGAGCACGUCGGGACAGAUCAUUUGGGGAAUAAGUACUACUUUGUACCCGAACAGAAGACAUGGACAGGGAGGCAUGUCCAUGCCAAGAGGAUGGUGCAGGCCUUCAAUCCGGCUGAGUUUGAAUACAUGGAAGGCAACAUACCAACAGAGUGGGACGCUUGGAUCCGAGGCAGAAGGAAGGAGCCUCCCUCUCUUGAGGAGUUGGCGAAGAACGAGGCCUACAGGCAGCAGAUCAAGCUGAAGGCCAAGGAGUACGAGGAGAAAGACGCUCUCCUCAAAGCGAAGGAAUUCAAAGACGGUCUGGUGGCGAUGCCUUCCAAAACGGUGGCCAAGGGUCACGCGGCAGUCACCAGCUUUGGCAAGCAAGACAUCAGCGAGGAGCCCACUAGUACCGCCAACACCUUUCAGCCGGGCUCCUGGCGGCCCAAUCCCAAAAAUUAAGGAUUAGAAAUACGUCCAUAGACAGUACAAUACUCCCCUCACCUCCCAGGGGGUGAUCAAUGGUGAUGGAUCAAAUGCAGAAAAUAAUUUUGCCCUAAUGUGUGUGUGACUAUCAUUGGUACUUUAACUUAAUUAAAGUAAUGCAAUACUU